AUGUCUAGCAACCCCACAGCAACAGAGCCGUCAGCGGCGGUGAGAGACUAUGAGGAUAGAUCCUCGCAGGGUACACAGUUCGUGAUGGAGGCGGCUUCAGCAGAACAGGAGGCCAUGGUUAGAGAUAGGGCUAAUCAGUUGCAGAGGGCUAUAUCAUAUUAUGUACAGGCUAGUAAUAGACUUUCGGAGGCAUUGGCCGUGUUGCCGCUCCAUCAUCCGGAUUUGGAGGCUAUUAGGCAGCAUAAAUCGGAAGUUGAUGCGCGAGCCAACUACCUCCGCGAUACCCUCGAUUCUGGAGUGGAUACUGCAGGCGUUCCAUUAGAACAGCAUAUACAUCCAGUAUCUUUAACCAUGACCAGCACUGAGCCAGUAGCGCCUGGUGCUCAUCGAGAGGCGACCAAGGGAGCUGCUAUGGGAGGAGCAGCUGCCAUAGGGGGAUUGGGAGGUCUCCUUUUGCUUGGCCCAAUCGGCUUAGUAGCGGGCGCUGCUGGUGCCGCCUACGCCACGACAAGAACUGACAAGAUAGGGUCGGUUGCUAGGAAUGUCGGUAGUACUACAUCUAACGUCACUACUGAGGCUGUUGAGAAGGGUGCCGAGAUUGGUGAGGGAUAUGGUGUGACGCAGAAGGUCAGAGGAGCAGCUGAUGCCGUUAGCUCGAAAGCCCGUGAGUUCGACCAGACUUACGAUGUGUCGGGUAAAGUGAAUUCUGGUGUCCAAGCCGUUGGCAGCAAGAUGUCGGAGAUUAAUCAGCAGUAUCAGAUUAGUGAAAAGGUUGGUUCCUCCCUUUCUAGAGGCAUGAGUGCCAUGAACAACUGGAUAUCUGGCAAUCAUCAGGAGGCUCAUAAUAAGCCAGAUAGAGCUGGGGAUAUCGAGAUGAAAGUCAACGGCGAAUCAAGGCAUGUGUUUUUGAAUACGAUGAGAAACGAUGACGCGGCGCACCCGAACGCCUUUCCCAUACCAAAGCCGCCGGAAACAAUAAGGCUGCGAGAUAUACGAGAGAAGUUCCCAUUGCCGGGCACGUACCAUUUCCGGUUCAAGCUGAAGUAUGAGACAGGCAGCGUUUGGAUCGACGUCACCAAUGAUGACGUCCCCGUACCGAUAUAUAAUAACAAGAUAGUUGCUAAAGUACUGCGUAUUUCGUGGCGAGAAGGAGCCGGCAAUUCGUCCGCAGCAGAAUCGUCACAGAAUGUCCCAGCGACCAACACGGCACCUAGUGCAGCAGCAAGCGCUACAGCCACUGGAGUUCGGGCGGGGUUGCAGUCGACUGGCCCUCCUCCUCCACCUACUCCUUCUCAGAAGCAGUCUCUGGGGCAGACCCAACAAGCUGAAACCAAUUUACUAAGUGGAGGAGAGUCCUUGAGGCACGCCUUCCGGGGGCACAGUAGUCCUUCUCUGGGAGUUCCACAUGGUGAGGGAGCGGUUGUUGGAAAUGUGGAUUUUUUCGGGAACGAUUUGAGUGUACAUCGGAAGAAGACUCAAGACGAGCUCGAUGCCUUAUUCAGCUGA